UACCAAUAUGCUAACCGCCCCACCAAACAGCUCCUUGGCCACUAUACUAAAAUCGUUCUAAAGCGGUUAAAACUACCUACGACCCGUUGGUUUGCGUUGGAUUGCGUGUAGGAACACGCCGCCACACACAUAAAACACUAGGAGUUCCCGCAGUCUAACCUAACCCACUCCGCUGAGGGCGGAACUAUCUAGAGGCAAAACAGCAGCUAGUGUUGCAGGAGGGGACAACCUAAAACACAAGGACACAACAAUCAACUCUGCAUCGUCGCACGCAUUAUAAACACAGGAAUUACCGUAAAUGCUGGAGAAACAAACUUACGCCAUGAAUCAUUACCUCGACUAAACACAGCAGGAGACACUACUCCCAAGAGCUCACAGACAGAGGCAAACUAUAGCUCCAGCACUGGCCGACCGAUACUCUGAACAAACAUAAAAGCAUUAGGUUAAUAAUAAAUGUGUUGACAUACCCGCAUGCUCUUCCCGGUUAAUGCCGCUAUAUGAACUAUACCUACCUAUACACCCGAUAGGGUAAAGAUUACCUCGAUAGGCAGCCCAGGACACAGGACAGCUGACAGCGUGCGGUCCAACACCACUGCACAGAUAGGAAACGGGAGAUGCACAGUUCAGGAAGCAGAAGCAAGGUCGCUAAAAAGGCAGGUAUACGCAGCUUAAAUAAGGAAAACUAAGUGGCUAUGCGUAAGCUACCACACCCACAACUAUCUAAGACACGUAAAGUAAGAGGACAGCCUACCCACGUUACAAUCGGUUUCAGUGAAUAUCCAGCUGUCGGGCAGAAUGAUACGCAUAACAACCGGGGUGAAGAGUUCCGCUUUGCCUCCUAUUAUGGUGAUCACAUGGUUUUACAGAAAGCUCCAGAGCAGUCAGUGCUGUGGGGAUAUGGGAGCGACGGGGCAGAAGUCAUUGUCUCUUUGAAAGGAGAACAAGAGAACAGAAAACAUUCUGUGCUUGUGCAGAAUGGGAUCUGGAGGGUGGCUCUGGAACCAAUGAAGGCCGGGGGUCCCUAUAAUGUGACCGCUGUCCAGCAAGGAACAGCAAAUGCCCAGGUCACUCUGAUGGACGUUCUGUUUGGGGACGUGUGGCUGUGUAGUGGUCAGAGCAAUAUGGCUUACACGCUUUCUCAGGUAUUCAAUGCUUCAGAAGAACAGGCCAUGGCUCCACAGUUCCCUCAUGUGCGAAUCUUCAUGGCUGCUUUGGAGAGGAGCAAUACAGAGCUCCUGGACCUACCCAGGGUGGAGGUGCCCUGGUCCAUCCCCUCAGCAGCAGAGCUGCUGGGUGGCCCCGAGUUCACCUACUUCUCGGCUGUGUGCUGGCUCUUUGGCCGCUACCUGUAUAAGACCCUGGGAUAUCCCGUGGGGCUGGUGGAGUCCUGCUGGGGAGGAACACCCGUGGAGGCAUGGUCAUCACACAGGGUUCUCCAGAAGUGUGGCCUGGAGAGUCAGGACCUCAGACACCCUUGUUUUACUCCAUACGAGACAAUGCCUGGACUAAUGGUUGCAUGGAGCAACUCAGUGCUGUGGAAUGCCAUGAUCCACCCCUUACUCAACAUGACCAUCAAGGGAGCCAUUUGGUAUCAGGGUGAGGCGAAUACAGAGUACCAUCAGGACAAGUACAUCUGUGCUUUCCCCGCCAUGAUUGAUGACUGGAGGAUAAGUUUCCACAAGGGCUCGGGGGGACAGACAGCCCCAGACUUCCCUUUUGGAUUCGUACAGCUGUCCACGUCUCAUAAGGGCUCGAUGAGUGACGGGUUUCCAAACCUGCGCUGGCACCAGACAGCGGGGUAUGGCUACGUUCCCAACCUCCGCAUGAAGAGAACCUUCAUGGCAGUCGCACUGGACCUGCCAGAUGAGGAGUCACCUUGGGGCAGCAUCCACCCACGCAACAAGCAGGAUGUGGCCUACAGACUGACACUGGGAGCACGAGCAGUGGCCUACGGAGACAAAGGCGUGUCCUUCCAGGGGCCUUUUCCUGUAAAAGUCUUGCUGAAAGGAGACAGCAUUAACAUCACAUACACUAAGAGUGUCUCUGUCACCCGAUCCAAAACUAUAUUUGAGAUCUGCUGCACCAAGGCAAAAAACAACUGCUCAUCUAACGAGGGAUGGGUCCCUGCUCCCAUCAUGCAUUGGGGCCUGAGUUACAUCCAGGUGUCAGCUGUCCAGUGUCGGAACACUGUGUCCGGUGUGCGCUACGCUUGGAAAGACUGGCCAUGUGACAUCAAAGCCUGCCCUGUCUACAGUGCCGACCGAGUUUUGCCUGCUCCACCUUUCAUUGUAAACCGCUGGCCAUAGCAGGGGGGACUGUAAGGUUAUGAGGUUAACAAGAGAAGGGGUCUUAAAGAUGGUACAUCAGUCAGGGCAACAUGGCAUUCAUAGUGUUAAAAAUCAGAGGCAGGAAAACUUAAAGACGGUGCUUCAGUGAUCCUAGGAGAGAUUGUUGACCAGUGUUUCACUUUUGCCAGAACUGAGCACCAAUAAUGAUAAAUCCACACACUAAGCUCCUUACGGUUGCACUUUUAAGAAACUAUGAGUGUU